UGCAGCCUCAUCAAUAAUGUAUUUUUUUUUAUUGUUGUCAUAUUACAUCAUGAUAAGAGGGAGUGGACGAGUCGUGCAUUGUACUUUUCCAAAUAAUGUUUCGCUCGCCCCAAAGUGAGCAGUGAGCUCCUCCUGCAGUCGUGUCUCUGUCCAUGGUGCUGAAGGGCAGCUUCCAAGGGAUUUGUUGACCAGCGCUCGUUCUGAAGAAUUCCAAUCAAUAAUCAUCAUUUAUAUCAUUUGUAUGACUCUUACGCACACGACGUCGUGCCUGUAACUGUGUUGAUUAGCUGUUUGUUCAGGUGACAACCUUAACUAGGAAAAUAUGUCUUUAUGUUAAUUUUUUUAUUAUAUUUAAUGCAGUUAUUUAACAGGACAUAACAUAUUCAAGGAUGUUUUCCCCCCCCCAUGUUGAAGCUUUUAUUCUAACUGGGCAGUUUGGCAUAUCGGCCUCUAAGGGGCGCUGUUACAUGGUAAAUGGAUGUGUUGGCGCUGUGUGAUGCAGUGCAGCUCCCUCCUCUGUCGCUGCCAUUUGGCACCAGAGCGCUUCGCGUGAACGACGUACAAUCGUUGAGCUCAAAUAACGCGCAUCUGAUUGCGCCUGCUUUGGUUCUGUCUUUUUUUCGAUUGCGUCCCUUUAUUGGAAUAUUUUUAAUUUCAUAUGGAGGCUAAAAACAUUCAUCCGAGCCGAGGAGGAAUGCGAUGGCGACGCGCGGCCGGCCUCUUUGUCUUUUGGUGUUUUUUUCUCCACGCGAGCGAGGCCCAAAUCCGCUACUCAAUCCCCGAGGAGAUGAAAAAAGGCUCGCUCGUCGGAAAUGUGGCCCAAGAUCUCGGUUUGGAUCUGAAAAGACUCCGUUCUGGGCGGGCCCGCAUCGUGACCGGGGAGAACGUCCAGUACGCCGAGCUGAGGGCGGACAAAGGGCUCCUGGUUGUCCAUGAGAGGAUAGAUCGAGAACAGCUGUGUGGAGACGUGACGCCGUGCAGCUUCACCUUCGAGAUUUUGUUGGAAAACCCCAUGGAAUUGCACCCGGUCACCAUCGAAGUGUUGGACGUCAACGACAACGCGCCCACUUUUGAAAAUAAACAUUUAGAAUUCGAAAUUAGUGAGUCUGCUGCACUUGGCUCCCGUUUUGUGUUGGAGAGUGCGUAUGAUGCUGACGUGGAUGCAAACGGCGUGCAGAGUUACAUUUUGACACCGAGUGAUCAUUUUAUUUUGAAGCAACACGUCAGUCCGGGAGGGAGAAAAUAUGCAGAAAUGGUCCUGCAGAAAGCCUUAGACAGAGAACAGCAGCCGCGACUUUCCCUUAAAUUAGUGGCUGUGGACGGUGGGAAUCCACAGAGGUCAGGUACGGUAAAUAUAGAUAUUAACAUUCAAGAUGCAAAUGAUAAUGCACCCGUCUUUAAUCAAACCGUUUACAAAGCAAAAGUGACUGAAAAUGCAGCAAAAGGCUCUCACGUUCUCACUGUGAAUGCCACUGAUGCUGAUAGCGGUUCAUAUGGGAAAGUCACAUACUCGUUUUCAAAAUCAAAAGCAGGAAUUGCAGAUUUCUUUCAUAUUGAUGAGAUGACAGGAUGCAUAUCGGUCGUAAAACAAAUCGAUUAUGAAAAAGACAAGUCAAUAGAAUUCAUGGUUGAAGCCAAAGAUCAAGGUUCAUUAACAGACUCCACCAAAGUGGAAAUCGAAGUCCUAGAUUUGAAUGAUAAUGUCCCCGUCCUCAAUGUGAUGUCCUUCACGAGUCCGGUUUCAGAAGACUCCCCGGCUGGUACCACGAUCGGCAUCAUGAACGUGAAAGACCAGGAUUCUGGCGAAAACGGUCACGUGAGGUGCGCCAUCGAAGGCCGCGUUCCAUUUCGCAUGAAAUCCAACGUGCGCAAUUAUUUUGCCUUGGUGACCGAUGCCGAUUUGGAUCGCGAAAGCGUGUCCGAAUAUAACAUCACAGUCGUCGCGUCGGACGCCGGCUCGCCUCCCCUCUCCGCCGAGAGAACUUUUCAUUUGAAAGUUUCCGACGUGAACGACAACGCUCCUGUGUUUGCCGUCAGCUUUUAUCGUGCCAACCUCGCCGAAAACAACUCGCCGGGUGUUUCCGUGCUGAGAGUGAGUGCCAAAGACCCAGAUGAAAACCAGAACGCUCGUGUCUCUUACAUGUUGGAGCAGGGCGAGAUCGGGGGAACUCCGAUUGCCUCGUUUGUGUCCGUGAACGCCCAAAGCGGAGUCGUCAGCGCCGUGCGCUCCUUCGACUACGAGCGGAUGAAGCGGCUGGACUUUGCGGUGCGAGCGCAGGACGGAGGCUCCCCUCCUCUCUGUAGCAACGUGAGCGUGGGCGUCCUGAUCCGGGACCAGAACGACAACGCCCCUCAGGUCCUGUACCCGGUCCAGCCGCACGCCGAAAUGGUGCCUCGUUCGGCAGACGCGGGCUAUCUGGUGACUAAAGUGGUGGCCGUGGAUGUGGACUCUGGACAGAACGCCUGGCUCUCCUAUAAAGUGCAGCACAAAUUUGGGGGCGCAGACAGGGGGGCGCUGUUUGAAGUGGGCCUCCACAAUGGAGAAAUGCGAACUGUCCGCCAAGUGACUGAUAAAGAUGCUGUCAAACAAAGACUGACUGUCGUAGUGGAGGACAACGGGCAGCCCUCUCGUUCGGCUACGGUCGCGGUCAACGUGGCGCUGGCGGACGGCUUCCCCGAAGUGCUGAGGUCGGAGUUCGCCGACGACUUUAGCGAGGACUACGACGACCGGCUGACUUUUUACUUAGUCUCGGCUUUGGCCGCGGUCUCCUUCCUCUUCGUCGCCUGCUUGCUGCUUAUCGUGUCGCUCAAAGUGUACAGGUGGAGACGGUCUCGCGUCCUGUACCGCUCCGACCUCCCCGUCAUUCCGUAUUAUCCGCCGCGCUACUGCGACACGUUGGGGACGGCGGGGACGCUCCCGCACGUCUACAACUACGAGGCGUGCGCCGCCGCCAAGAGUCACGUGACGAACACGCAAGCCGUGAGUCAAAGUUUAGUGAGUGUGGACGGAGCGGACGCUGACGUGCCGCACGGCGGCGAGCAGAUGUCGGGGAACUGCUCUCGGAUGUCGACUUUGGUGAGUCAAAUCAGUACACUUGUUUCAAUCUAUGUUUGUUUUCAGAGUUUUUAUCAUGGAGAAGCCUUGUUCUUGUAUUGAUACAUAUUUUAAAGUCAUUACAUUUCAUUUAAAGUCGUGUGUAAAAGUACACAGAAAUAGGGCCUCUUCUCGUUGGAAAGGGGAGAAGAGAUUUGGUGGUGGAACCUCAAAGUAAGGAAAUCCUCAAGGAAAGAGGUUAGCUUCGAAGAAGUGGAACACUGAGAGGAGAAAGGAAUACAUUGAGAUGCGAUAUAGGGCAAAAGUCGAAGUGGCAAAGGCCAAACGAGGCAUAUGAUGACAUGUAUGCCAGGUUGGACACUAAAGAAGGAGAAAAGGAUCUAUACAGGUUGGCCAGACAGAGGGAGAGAGAUGGGAAGGAUGUGUAGCAGGUUAGGGUGAUUCAGGAUUGAGAUGGAAAUGUGUUGACUGGUGGCAGCAGUGUGCUAGCUAGAUGGAAAGAAUACUUUGAGGAGUUGAUGAAUGAAGAAAAUGAGAGAGAAGGGAAAGUAGAAGUGGCAAGUGUGGUGGACCAGGAAUUGGCAAUGAUUAUGAGGGGGAAGUUAGAAAGGCAUGAAAGAGGAUGAAAAAUGGAAAGGCUGUUGGUCCUGAUGACAUUCCUGUGGAGUUUUGGAAGCAUGUAGGAGAGGUGGCUGUGGAGUUUUUGACCAUCUUGUUCAACAGAAUUCUCGCUGGUCAGAAGAUGCCUGAGGAAUGCGAGCAACAGUAUGGUUUCAUGCCUAGAAACAGUAGCACAGAUUAAUAAUUUGCCUUGAGGAUGUUGAUGUAAAAGUACAGAGAAGGUCAGAAGCAGCUACAUUGUCUUUGUAGAUCUUGAGAAAGCCUACAACAGAGUAGCCAGAGAGGAACUGUGGUACUGCAUGCGGAGGUCUGGACUGGCAGAGAAGUAUGUUAGAAGAAUACAGGACAUGUUUGAGGGCAACAGAACAGUGGUGA